AUGUUCCAACUGAUACCCCUGUUCGUGGCGAGCGCGCUCAUGGCGGCCUGCCAGCCAGACGGGAACCAUACAGCGACCUGCGCACAGAAUAAGUGCGAGACGGUCGGGUCAGCCGAGAUCUGCACCGAGUGCAGGGCCGGGGGCGUCCCGGUCGACGGCUUCUGCCGGCCCCCCGGCUCCCCCCAGGCCGCGGCGGCCGGGUGCACCCAAGCAGACGGGACUGCCCUCGACAAGACGGCAACCACCUGCGAGAAGUGCGGCGACGGGUACUUCCUCUUCAUGGGCGGGUGCUACAAGACAACCGACGGGCCCGGCAGCGAGAUAUGCACAGCAGCCAGUAAUGGAGUAUGCACUACUUGUAAGGCAGAUAACGGCCUGUUCAAGAACCCUGCUACAGCACCAGAGAAAGGAAGGGAGUGCAUACUCUGUCAUGAUGCCACGGGAGCAGAUGGAUAUAUGGGAGUCGAGGGCUGCGCUACAUGUACAGCACCAACUAAUAAUAAGGGGGCAGCCACGUGCACAGAGUGUCAAGAUGGGUACUACAACGAUGGUGGCGCAUGUAAGAAGUGCGUUGAUGGAUGCAUAGACUGCACCGGUGCAAAUCAAUGCACAACAUGUGAGGACGGGAAAUACCUGAAGAAUAAUCAAUGUGUAGAUGCUGGUCAAUGUGAUCAAGGCACCUAUGCAGACCCGACAACAGGCCAAUGCAAGCCAUGUGGAAUAACUGACUGUGCCACCUGUGAGUACAAUGCAACUAUUAGUCAACCACAGUGUAAGACCUGCAGUACUAGUAGUAACAAGAUGGUGAAGACAGCGGCAGACGGGACGACCACUUGUGUCGAUGAUGGUGGAUGUACAAAUGGCAAUACGCACUUUGUUGAAGGUACUAACCAAAAGCUUUGUGUCCCAUGUGGUGAUACUACAAAUGGUGGGGUUCUAGGUUGUAGUACUUGCUCCUCUAAAACUACAUGUACAAAGUGCCUCGACGGAUAUUACGAUAAUGAUGAUAGUCAAGAUACAGCUACGUGUGUCGCUUGUGGUGGACAAAAUUGUGAGACAUGUGCUAAGGCUACGAGUGAUAAAUGCACGACCUGUAAGCCUGGAUUCUUCUUGAAGGAUAGCUCCUCUGGUGAGUGCAUCUCAUGUAGUGACACAGCAAAUGGUGGUCGCGAAGGCUGCAGUGUCUGCUCGAAUGAUAGUGGAUUCAAGUGCACUGACUGUAAGCCUAACUAUAAGAAGCAGCUUAAUGGAGGAGCAGAUGAUGACUAUACAUGUGUGAAGACCUGUGAGGAUGACACUGCUUGUGGUGGUACCUCUGGUGCUUGCGAUGCCAUAGUGAUCAAUGAGAAUGGAAAGGAGCUUCACUACUGUUCAUACUGUGGGGAUAACAGUAAGUAUCCUAUAGAUGGAAAAUGUACAAAUGUCAAUGCUGGAAAUACAGGAUGCACCAAUAAUGUCUGCAAGUCUUGUACUGCAGGGUACUUCCUCUAUAUGGGAGGGUGUUAUAAGAUUGGUGCAGAACCAGGCAACCUCAUGUGCAAGACCGCUGAAGGUGGUAAGUGCACUGCUGUUAAUGCCAAUAAUAGGUACUUCGUAGUCCCAGAGGCACAGGCUACUGAUCAGUCUGUGUUGGCAUGUGGCAACCCCCUUGGCACACUAGUAGGCACUGAUAGUACCUCUAAGGCAUAUGUGGGGGUAGAUGGCUGCUCCCAGUGUACAGCCCCAGUAGCUCUGACUGAGGCUGGUAUGGCUGCCGCUACAUGCACCUCCUGUGACAGUGAUAAGGUGCCCAACAAGGAUGGCACCGGGUGUGUGCUGUGCUCUGUGGGUGAUUGCAAGCACUGUGUGGUGGAUGAUGUGUGUGGGGAGUGCAGUGAUGGAUACAGUCUAGACAGCAGUGGGGCCUCCUGUGUGUCUUCUAGCAGUAAUAGGAGCGGGCUCUCCACGGGGGCCAUAGCUGGCAUCUCCGUCGCUGUCAUCGCUGUCGUGGGGGGCCUCGUGGGCUUCCUCUGCUGGUGGUUCCUGUGCAGGGGGAAGGCGUGA